AUGGAAAAUUCAAGAGUUUGACUGCUUUUGAUUAAACAGGUUUUUAAGAGGAAAAUACAGCGAGUUUUCAUUCAUUGGCAAAAACAAGCUAUGAAAAAAUCAGUCUAUGAAAAAUAUUCAAAACUCAAAUCUUAUGCAUCAAAAUUAGCUCGAGCCCGAGUCGCUGGUAAGGCUCCAAAGAUUGAAAUAAAAACAGUCAGAGCCCAAAACCCUACAAAAAACAAUGAUUCCUUUAGCAUUAGAGAAAAAUAAAAUUAUGACGUUGAUGGAAGAUGGACUCAGAGGCACAAUUCUAUGGAGCUGGCAAGGCUCUUUCCCGAUGAGGUUUAUAUAGAGUUUACCUCUUUCAAGCAGACCUCAGUGAUUAAGGAUGCUUGGAGAAGAGGGAUAUUUUUCUGCUGGCUAGAUAAUAAAAAUGGCAGCCUUUACUUUCCUCAUUUGAACUCCGAGAUCUAUGAAGUAUUGUUUUUUGGAGCCAAGAAAAGGAGAUUACUAGUGGUUUACCAAUUAUGGCCUAUAUUCUUAAUCUCAAUCUUUAGCAUUGAAAAUAAAGAAAACUCUAGACCCCCAAGAAAAUCAAGCAGCAAGCCUUUGUCAAAGCAACAGUCAAUUUCAAAGCCAACUUUAGAAUUUACUUUAGGAAAUGAUGACACAAAUCCUAUAGAAAAAGAGCCAACCCAAAGGGAAAGAAGGACUUCAAGUUUUACAACAAGCAGCUCAGCAUCCUCAUUAUUGGACAAAAUCAAAUCAGAAAUGAGGCAAAAAGCAAGAAGAUCUGAAACCCCAAAAAAUAUCAGAAAAGACGAAAAGCCUAAAUUUUCUGAUAAUAAUGAGAUAACAUUUGCAAAAUCGGCAAAAAAAAGCGGGAAAUUUGACCAUGUGGCUGUUGUCAGCAGUGCUUCUUCGGUUGGGCUGGGAAACAAAUUAAGUUUUAUAAUGAAAAAUGAUAAAAGAGAUGAUUUGGUGCUGUCUGAGGAAGAAAUUGAUAUGCCUGUACAAAUAGUAUCAUUUGAUAAUGGCCAAGUUUUAUAA